GCCCCCAAAAGGCGCGUUUACGGCCUCAGGUUGCUUGAGCCUGUCUCCAGGCCUCUAGCCACAGCUUGCCAGGGGGUUUGGGUGGCCAGGACUGCAUGCCUGGAACACUCCGCGACCUCCCUUGACCUCUACCUCGCUGCCUAAGAGUCCGAGGAAAAGGAGAGGGAAGAAGAAAAACCGGUUGGUUGGAGAAACGGCUGAUUACCCUAAGGGAAGAAUAGGGCUCCAAAGCUUCGCAAGCGUCCCUUCGGAUAGUACGGAAGGAAAAUUACCGGCAUCAAGUUGUUAAAAAUGAGCGAAGUGGUUAAGUGAGAAAAAAAUCGAGCACAUGUGUGCAAAGUUGUCAUUUGGGGGUAAACGUCCCGUUAGCGAGCGCCAGAGCGUUCCCUUCUAGCUAUCAACGGAACGGUGACGGGCCAGGCACUUUAUGUUGCCCCGCAAACUUAGCUCGCAGCUUGGGUCCAUCUUCUGGCUCCAGUUCUAAACAGUGCUCGUUGGGGGAGCGAUCGUGGGAAAUUUCAUGGUAUUGAAGCCCACCUUGUUUUAGAUGAAGUUAUAGUCCAACUAUGAUGGUUGAAAUUUAAAACAAGUUAUUAUCAUGGAAUGAAAACAACUUAUUUGUUAAUGGUGAAACUUCAGAGGCUUAGAUAAUGGAGUUCUUUCCUUCUCCAUCUUUUUGACCAAGCACUUUUCCAAAUUUAAACAUUUUGGAGGCAGGAAAAAAAUAAUCGUCAUUACUACUGUUCUGGAAAAUGAGUAUCUACUAGCUAAAAUAGCACUGACAGAUUGAAUUUCUUAGUAACAUGGGAAAUUUUAGAAUGGUCUUGGAUAGUUAUACUUAUUUUAAAAUUCUGUACUAAUUAUGAACCUAAAUUUUAUCUGAAUUCUUUCUAGAAUUUUUUUUUAAGAGUUAUAUUUUUAUUCUCUUUUUCUUAUAGAGGAUUCUGCUUGGAUUCAGUAGGGAAUUAGCUCAAAAAGAUUUUCGUCAAGAUGUAACCUAGAUUCUGAUGAAUUAUUUUUCAGCAACAAUUCUUCAAACACAUUAAAAUUUUUUUAAAUUCUCCCUUAGCCAGUAGUUAGAAGAAGAGCGCUUACUGUUUAUUAAGAUGCAAAAGCAUCCAACACUUCUUCGAAGACCCUUACCUCCCAAACUCCCUAAGCUGCCGUUAUGUAAGAAGAAAGCCCGUACAGCCAAGACCGUUGAAACUGAACCACCAGAAGUAGAGGUUGCUCAAGAUGAAACCACUCCAAUUAAAGAAGAUGCAGCUAUUAUUCCUGAUACUUCUUCAAGAAAUCAAUCACAAACCCCUGUCGGUGUCCAAACCCUCUUUCUUGAUCAUCAUAUACAAGAAAAAGUGACUGUUCUAAAACCUCUUACAACACCUAAAAAAUAUUCUCAGGAUGUUCGUUUGCAGAUUCCAGAUACUGCUUGUGGUUCCGUAUUUUUUCCAAGUUGUCAUUUGGCUUCAGCGCGAGUUUUUGGAAAAGAAACAAGUCAAGUGGAAAAUUUACAAACGUCAAAGAGACAGUCAUCCAAGUUAAAAAGGAUUUAUAUUGACAAAGAACUUAAAGACAUCUUAAUUCUUACUUCAGAUUUCUCCAAACCCUUAAGGGCCCCUUGCCCACUUGUCACUACCAAAGUCAAUGUUCACAUUGAGUGUCCACCAAAGAGUAUGGGCUAUCCUUCUGAGAGCCCUCUGAUAGAUUUAAGUACAGUAAUGCUAAGCCCACUACCUAGUAUUACAUCUCCUAAACCAGAAAGACAAUGGUCUGACCACUUACAAAGAAAUACUCCUGCAGUAUUAACUAUUAGUGAAUUUCCUGGUCCCAUUAGCCUACCAAUACCAGUUUUACCAAGAAAACCUCGAAGACAGUCCAGUAUAGAAAAUCUUGCAGCAGAAAAUGAAUAUGUAGAAGCUGUCCCAAGGCAAAGAGCACCAAGCAUACCUCAAGGUCCUAUUAAGACUAAAAAGAAAGAUGUAUUGACGAAUGUUGUACGUGGUGAGGGCUUUAAGACUAUUUCAGCAACACAAUAUGAAACAAUAAUGGCCAUGACCAAUUUGGCCAUAUUAAACUGUCAAAUAUAUGGAAGAAAUGCGCUUAAUCUUAAGGGCUUUUUUAUCCUCAAUUGUCCAGACUUAACGCCUUUGGCUUUCCAAUUGAUUUAUCUCAAUUUGUCAUAUAAUGAUAUCCGCUACUUUCCCUCAGAAAUAUUUUGUCUUAAAAAUUUACAAAUACUAAACCUGAGAAAUAAUCCUAUCAAAGAAAUCCCAUCUGAAAUUAAAAAACUUAGCUACCUUAGAGUUUUCAUCAUGGCCUUUACUUUGAUUACUUUUCUUCCUCCUGGGUUAUUCACCUUGUCCUAUCUUGAGGAACUUGAUAUUUCCUACAAUGACCUUUCUUCUAUUCCAGAUGAAAUCAAGAAACUCAGAUCACUUGAAAAACUGAAUGUGGAUGGGAAUGACCUGACUUCUUUCCCACCUGGAAUUUUGAAACUGAACCUGAGAAAGAUCCAGUUUGAGAAUAAUUACACUCAUCCUCAUCUUUGGAAAGAGAAUUCUUUGAAUAGUCCACAGCGUCUCACUCACCUCGUUUCUUUCUUCUUUUUCAAAAAUCAUCUACAUAGAUAUCAUGAUGUGAUCCCAGAAGAAAUUAAAAAGUUAUUAAAAUGCACUUCCCAUUGUGAAUGGUGCCGAGGGCCCAUGUUUGGUGAAGGUUUUCGCAUUAUCCGAUCCUUCGAUGCUUUUGGAAUAACGCAGUUUCCUGUUAUGUUUCAUGUCUGUUCUUCUGCUUGCUAUGGACAAGUGAAGCAAAGCAGUUAAGUUUUUGAUACUAAUUCUGGUAAAAAAAAAAAAAAAGUAAUUGUUAUGAGUUGACAAGAGAAUGAGAGUCUAUUAUUCCCACUGUAAAAGCCAAUAACGUCUGUGUAGCUAGUAAUUCAUCUCUUUGAGAAGACACGUUCUGUGUGGAAGACAUAAAUGUCUUCUCAUCUGAAUCCUCUGUAUAAUCCGAGCACCUUAUGAAAGUCUGCGAUUGUUAGCAAAUUGUUGCAGAAAAAG